AUGAGUGCAAGCAACGAAGAACCUGAAACAAUCUCACUUUAUGAUAUGGUGGAUGAUGAGUCAGAAAUAAAUGAAGAUCAAAAUGAUGUAGACUUGUCAUUGAAUGAUUCAAAUCAACCUUUUGCAUGCAAUAGGCAUUUGGAACCAUGUCUCAAUAUGGUAUUUGAUAAGCUUGAGGAUGCUAAAGCAUGUUUUAAUGCAUAUGCAAGGCGAAAGGGGUUUGGCAUACGAGUAAAUCAUACUCGAAAGACUAAAAAUGAUAGAUUAUUGGUUGGUAUUGAAUAUGUUUGUUCAAAGGAAGGGUUUCAUCAUAGACGUGAUGAAGACAUAGAAAGAAUAGGUCCAGAGCGUGCAGAAACAAGAGUGGGACGCAAAGCAAUGAUAGGUUUAAAGAAAAUUGAAGAUACAUGGGUUGUGUGUAAGUUUGUGGAGGAUCAUAAACAUAAGCUUCUUACUCCUAAGAGUACAAGCAUGCUUCGUGAGCAUAGAGUAAUAACAAAUGCCCAAAGGAAUCUUAUAGAUACACUCAAUGAGACAGGUAUACCUCCAAGCAAAAUAAUGUCUGUGUUAAGUAAAGAAUCUGAUGGUGAUUAUAAUGUUGGAUGUAUUCCGGUUGAUAUUCAAAAUUAUUUGGGUAAUAAAAGAAGAAAGUUGCUUCAAGAUGGAGAUGCCCAGGGAAUGUCAAGAAUUGCAAACCAAUAUUUUGGAGAUGUUGUUACUUUUGAUGCUACAUACCAAACAAAUACUUAUAAGAUGCAUUUUGUUCCUUUCACAAGAGUUAACCACCAUCAUCAAUUUGUGAUGUUUGGAUGUGCUUUGCUUGUGAAUGAAACAACUGAAUCUUAUACAUGGUUGUUAAAGACUUGGCUUAAUGCAAUGCUUGGAAAUCCUCCUUCUACAAUUAUCACAGAUGAUGACAAGGCUAUGGCUAAGGCAAUUGCAAAUGGAGAAUUUCACCAUUGCAUCCAUGAUACACUCACCAUUGAAAAGUUUGAGUUAGGAUGGAGUAAGAUUAUGGAGAACUAUGGAUUUGGGGAUAACGAUUGGUUGGGAAAUCUCUAUAUGCGGCGUGAAAAAUGGGUUCCCGCUUACUUACGAAGGAAAUUUUGUGCUAGGAUGUCUACAACUUAA